CACCUGGAAAACGACCUUUUACCUACCCACGAUAGCCAGGUUGAAAGGGGCGGCGGCCAUUCCUGACGAUAGAAUUCAGCAGAGAGGCAAGCCAAAAGGGCCUCUGGCAACCGUCGCACGGCAGUGCUCCUGCGAGACUGAGCGGAAAAGAAAGCAGGUUUUGAGGUUGUUCCUGCCCCUGUGCCUGGCAGCGGCGGAUUGGAGGAAGCUGCCAAGAUGCUUGCUAAGAGUGCGUCUGUUCCCUCCCUCACGGCCACUUUGGCCAGUAGCCUGGUUGCCCAGGGAUCCAUUGAGGCGCAAGAAUGGGGCCCUGAGAUUGGCAGGUCUGCAAGAAACACUGGGGGACGAAGCCCUCUUCCAUGGGGCGCGACGCAGCGUCCGUUUCAUGGUUCGCUUGUCACUCAACCUUCUCUCGCUAGCCAUCGAUUGGAGCAUUGCGACUCGAGUGUAAGCCGAGCCUCAAGCGAUUGGGAUGCUGAGGGGGAACGGUCAUCAGUCCCUGCGUUCAGAAAGUCAAAGUCGGAAGCAGAUCUAACGUGUUUGAUGACAUCACAUGAUUCUGGGGGGGAGUCUUCCUUGGCAUCCGUUAGAGAAGAAGGCAGGUUUGCGUUGGGAAACGGCAGAAGAGGGGGACGGCGGAGGUCGCUUAGUCGGAGUCGGUCGUCUCUUCUGGGGCCUUCGAUUGCUCAGGAGCGCUGCAACAAAACGAAUGCGGUCAGGGGUUUUGAUAUGGCAAGCGGCCACGGAGGCACCAGGGCCCUUGUUGAGGCAGGGGCUUACGAAGAGGAUGACAGCCUGAUGACACUGGUGGAGGAGACAACCAUGACGACCAUUGGGGGCCGGCAAAUGGUCUGCAGUGCCCGUGGAUGCAGGCCUCUGAGCGACGAAGAAAUCGCUGGAGGAGCUCCGGGCUUCAGCUCCGGGGUUGAGGAGUAUGCAGAGGGAGGAAUCAGCGCAGAUCCGCAAGUCACAGACGCCUACUACCGCAAGUCCUUAGGCGAAGACCCUGAGAAUGCGCUGCUCCUGAGGAACUAUGCGCUUUUCUUGCUGGAGAUUCAGAAAGAUUAUCCCCGAGCUGAAGAGUUUUUUGAGAGGGCCAUCCUGGCGAGCCCGAGCGAUGGGGAAGUCCUCUCUCAGUACGCGAAGCUGAUCUACCAAGUCCAUGGCGAUGUGGAACGUGCAACGCACUAUCAUGAGCAGGCUGUCAAGGCAGCUCCAGAGGACUGUUACGUUCUGGCAAGCUUUGCAAGCUUCUUGUGGACCUCCGAGAGCAGCAGCAAGGCACAACGCCCUGUCUUUGAGCUGCGUCAGGAAGGGGUUUACCACCCUGAAGCUCCUGGUUGCUUGAUUCCUCCAGUGGCAUGAGUUGGGACAUGCCCCGUACUUUUUAGACAGUUUGUGUCGGGACGGCACUAAGCAAUGCGUCAAAGUCGUCAAAAUUGCUCCAUUGGAUGGAAACGUGGGUACAUUAGGCCCAGUUGAUGUUAGAUACUGUGUAGGCGAGUUGUUUGAGUAAUUUUACGAGGCUGGGAGGCGUUGGCACCUGCCAUCAAGCACCAUUACAGUUGCGAGAUUGAAGAUCUGGAUAGGGAAAGCCAGUGGCUUUCGUUCACUGACUGUACGGUCAAAGCUGCUGUCUAGAUAGCCCGACCUGCUGUCUAGAUAGCCCCAAACAAUUUUGGAGUGAUUAGGACACAAUAGUUUCAACGUUGUAAAGCCAGAAGAUACCUAGCCGGUUACUCUAGUUCUAGGAACUGCAGACUGGCGCGUUCCUUUGUUUCUUGUUCUUGGGCAGAAGGCCUCUUGUUGUACAGGAUUGACAUUUGCUACAUGUAUUUUGCGGUCAGACUGCAACCUUGCCGAGCUUUCUUACCCUUUCUCCAGCAGCAAACACCAGUUUCUUUUUGCUCUUAUAAUCAGCGGACAACAGUGCCGCGCGCAUACCUG